UGCAUCUCGCCGAGUUUCAGUGGAGUUGAAAUCGUUUAAAUAUUCUGUUUAAGAUUUCGUGUUAAUUUCAGUAAUUUCAGUAUUUCAGAAAUAUUAGUGAAUUGUUUAAGAUAAAUUUUAAAAUUCCGUAAAACAGAUAAUCAGCAUUGGAAAUACAACAAUUUGCUUGCAAAGCAUUCGUGAUAACAGCAACAUAAGUGUUUCCCCAAUGUGCCUGUCCAUGAAAUACUUCGGUUUAUUCAAAAAGAAAAAGAAAACACCUAAAGUGAAGGCUGACGCUGCUGACGGAGGAGGGAAAACCAUAGUCAUUCCACAACCGGCCGGCACUGAUGAAUACGAUAUCAACCACUCAAAGGCUGGUGUUGCGAUCAUUUUCAACCACAAACACAUUAAAGGACAAGCCACGAGGAAUGGAACUGAACAGGAUCGAGACAGGCUGGAGAGCGCCUUGAAAUUAUAUGGAUUUGAUGUUUCCGUCUAUAAUGACUUGACCUUUGACGAAGUCACAAACACGCUAGAAAAAGCUGCUCAACAAGAUUAUUCAAACGUGAAUUGUUUGUGCAUCACUCUCCUGUCCCACGGUCUACCAGGACAAGUUUUUGCGAGUGAUACUUACUACCCGGUAGAGUUUCUAUGGGAUCGAUUUCUAGGUGAUAAGUGCCCAACACUUGUGGGAAAACCCAAACUUUUCUUUAUACAGGCAUGUCGUGGCACAAAUCUUGAUGCCGGUGUCAACAUCAUGUUCAGAUCGAUGCCUACGGAGACAGCCCAAUUAACCUACACCAUACCAUCUAAAGCAGAUUUACUUAUAAUGUAUUCCACGUACGAAGGAGACUACUCCUGGAGGAACUCAACGAACGGUUCAUGGUUCAUACAGAGCCUAUGCCUCGAGUUGGAAGCAGCAGCACAAGAGGAUGACGUAGAAUUGAUCUAUCUUCUAACGUCGGUGGCAAGGCGCGUGGCUUAUGACUAUCAAUCGAACGUUCCCAACGAUCAAUCCAUGAAUGAAAUGAAGCAAAUGCCUACCUAUAUGUCUACUCUGACGAAAGUUUUCUACUUGAAGAAGAAGCCGGACGAGGACGAGGAAGAAGACUAAGAAGACUAAGAGCGUGAAUGGAACAAACGAUUUGGGAAAUUAAUGGCUCAUUAAGAAAGACAAUGUGUUUAAGCAAUAGAAAUAAAGCAAAUUUGCAAGAGUUUA